GCAUCGCUGAGCCGGGCUGGGAGGCAGAAUGGAAGGCUUUAUUCGGCUGCUCUUCGGCUACUUGGUGGCGGACCUUCUCACGCUGGUGUGUCGGGCUCAGGAGAAAGCUGGCCAGCAGCUGGGGAGCUUUGUGGUGCUGUCGGGAGGAAACCACUCCAGCCUCGGGGAACAGCUGGACCCCUCCGAGCCACCUCCCACCCCAGACUUCUGCAGGGGCUACUUUGACGUGAUGGGGCAGUGGGACCCCCCCUUUAACUGCAGCUCGGGGGAGUUCAUCUUCUGCUGUGGCACUUGUGGCUUCAGGUUUUGCUGCAAGUUCAAGAAGACAAGGCUGGAUCAAAGCACCUGCACGAACUAUGAGACACCAUUGUGGAUGAACACUGGGAAGCCUCCUUCCCGCAUAGACGACCCUCUGCAUGACCCUACCAGGGAUAAAACCAACCUCAUUGUCUACAUCAUCUGUGGGGUUGUAGCAGUCAUGGUGCUGGUGGGGAUCUUCACCAAACUAGGGCUGGAGAAGGCACACAGACCCCAGCGGGAGCACAUGUCCAGGGCUCUUGCUGAUGUUAUGCGACCUCAAGGUCCUUGUACAACAGAUCAUAUGGAAAGAGAUCUAAACAUUGUAGUACAUGUGCAACACUAUGAAAACAUGGAGACAAGACCUCCUCCAAAUAACUUACAUCCACCACAGAUGAAUAAUGUCAUGCCAACAUCUCCCCUCCUUCCUCAGAUGGCACAUCAACAUUCAUAUCCCAGCCUGGGACAGAUCACAAACCCGUAUGAGCAACAGCCCCCAGGCAAAGAGCUUAACAAGUACGCCUCUCUAAAGGCAGUGGCCGACAAAGUCAACGACGACUUCUACACCAAGCGCCGGCACCUGGCCGAGCUGGCUGCCAAGGGCAGCCUGCCCCUGCACCCCGUGCGCCUGGACGACGAGCGGGCGUACACCAUCGACAGCGGGCUCACCAGGCAGAACGGGCAGAAAUCCAGGAUGGGCAAGAUACACACGCACCCGCUGGGCUACAAUUCCCACUACAAGACCUGGGAUCCCACCGACCACUCCCUGAGGCGGCAAGCGUACGCAAACAAGGGCAAGCACGGCAUGGGAGACCCGACGUUAAGUGACCCGCUGACAACCCGCAGCCAGCACUACUUGGGCCCACAGCCAUACUUCAUAACCAACAGCAAGACAGAAGUAACUGUUUGAGUUUGUUUUCUUUCUUUCUUUUCUUUCUUCUUUUUUUUUUUCUUUUUUUAAUGAAAUCCUUUAAAAACCACACGCAAAUACACACA